ACGAGCGGCCGAGCCGCCGCUGACCUGCGCAGCCGUGAUGGAGAAGGGCAGCGGCGCCGAACCGUGGUCUGUCUCACAGCUGUCGGACAUGGCGGCCGAAGAGGUCAAGGAGUGCCAGGCCCAGCUGGGCUCGGUCAUGGCCGACGAGGACAAGCUGAAGGUGGUGUGGGAUGAGCUCAAAGAGGCGUACAGCGGGGCCGACAAAGUACCGAUGAGCAUGAUCGGGUACGUGGGCUCCGUCAUCCCCAGCGCCGACAUCGCGAUGCUCGACCUCACCACCGAAGAUGCCGUUUUUGAGUUGGGAAUGCCUAUGAAGAUGACGGAAGCGCAGCUGGAUGCACUGGCGACCCGGGCGAAGGCCCAGUGGAGUGUGCUGUCUGGCAGCGCGGCUGACUACACGGCGGACACCGUGGGCACUCUGGGCCAGAUCAUCUGCGGCAUGGCCCCGGCCGACGUGGAGAGCAUCCCGGCGGCGCGCUUCAAGGAGGCCAUGACGGUGCUCUCCGAGGUCUACUGGUGCAAACAAGCCGUCGCCGAGAAGUUGGCCGAUAAAGCCGUCGCCAUCUACGGCGAACCAUCCACCUGGGGGAUGAGUGAGGUGGCUGGCGUGGGAGCGGUGAUUGGCGGGCUGGAGGCGAUGAAGCUGAAAAGCAUCAAGGACGAGUCGAUGCGAGGACUGAGCGCCGAUGGCAUGAUGAGCAUCCCGCCCAGCAAGAUCGCGGGGCUGACGAAGGCUCAGGUGCUUGAGCUGUCCACGGAGGCGGCGCUCGCGAUAAGUGACGAACAGAUGGAGAAGCUGCCGGAUGACGCGAAGGAGGCACUGCUCAUGGUUUUCGAGGAAAACUUGAAGUCCAGGAGCGCUCGCUCAGCGGCGGCUGGGCUCUCUCUGCUCCUGCUGGGCGUUUUCGCCGCCCGUCUGGCUUAAAGCCGGGCGGAGCGACCGGCGCGCAGCCAGCCGAC